UAUGUGUAUGGAAGCGAAAGCAGACGCAGGCAACUUGGGGGGCGUUCUUGUGAUGUAUACCACUCGUCUACGUUUCCAACGCCCACAUCCGUUUGUAUAAGUCGCCGAUUGCCGCUGUGUCUUUCCUUCUGUUUGGAGCUCGACAAAUUUUUCUUUUGAGAACGAGCCGCUGAUUCCCGUUCAUUCUUCAAUACAAGGCAAGCACUUCUUUCUUCUCCGCCUCUCAUUUUCUCACCUUAUUCUGGUAAUUUUGUUUUCUGGGUUCUCGAGUUUCAGGUUUACCCUUCUCUAAUUCGAGAAAUGAUUGAAAUUUGUUAAUUUUUUCUAUAAAAAUUUUAUGGGUGUGGGCUCUGAUGCAUUUUCAUGUUUAACGACUAUGAUUGUUAUGGGUAGUGGAAUUCGAGGGGAGAGCUCAACGAUGAAAUCAAUUUCUAUGUUUGUUUGAAUUUCAUUGAAUUGGUAUUUGAUUUGGUUGGUUUUGAUUGUUCUGUUGGCAUUGGUUUGUCCCCUGUUAGUAUAAUUAGAAAGAAGGAGAGGACUCCAUUUGGCAUAAUGAUGCAUUUUUGCAGAUCUUUGAUAUAGGUACUUCAUCAUAACGUGAAGGUUUAGAUUUUCUUUAAGAUUAAGGAUAUUGUCUCUCUUAAGAGUCAGCACACUUAACAAAUAUUAUGUCAAUGGGCCCUUCUGAAGCAGUUCAAGUUUUAUCUGGGACUGUACCACACGCCUUUUAUUCUGGUUCAUGUUUUCAUAACUCGCACUCAGCAUUUCCUUUGAAGUCGCGCGUAAAUUGUAUGCAGAAAAGGGGAUCAAGGUUUAGGCAGUUGUUCAUCUGUUCGAGAAUGCUACAAAGUCAUACAGGGAUUUAUUGGUUUCAAGGGAUAGGCUGUGGUUCAUAUAAAUAUGGAGCGAUUGACAGAUCACAGCUUCUGAGUUGCAAGUGUCAACAGGCUGAAAGUGUUGGUGGGAUUACUGCAGAUGAUGGAAAUGGAACCUGGUUUAUGGAUAGGGCAAAAGAGUUAAUACCCACUAAUGGUGUGGCGGACACACCAAAUGUACUGGACUUUAGGGAAGUUCAAGAAUUGAAACCAGGAAAUGAGGGUUUAACAUCCAAUGGUGCAGUUGGAACAGUUAAGGAUUUGUUUAACAAGGCGAGUGUGGACUACAUUGAGGAUGAAGCAUGGCAACUACUGCGGGAAUCUAUGGUUUAUUAUUGUGGAAGUCCUAUUGGAACUAUUGCUGCAAAGGAUCCAACUAGUUCCAAUGUUCUGAAUUACGAUCAGGUCUUUAUCCGUGACUUUAUACCUUCUGGUAUAGCUUUCCUAUUGAAGGGAGAGUAUGAUAUUGUUCGGAACUUUAUUCUUCAUACACUUCAGCUGCAGAGCUGGGAGAAAACAAUGGACUGUCACAGUCCGGGUCAAGGUUUGAUGCCUGCAAGUUUCAAGGUACGAACAGUUCCUCUAGAUGGUGAUGAUUCUGCAACUGAAGAGGUAUUGGAUCCUGACUUUGGAGAGGCAGCAAUUGGUCGUGUUGCACCAGUUGAUUCUGGAUUAUGGUGGAUUAUAUUGUUACGUGCUUAUGGAAAAUCAUCUGGAGAUCUCUCAGUUCAAGAGAGAAUUGAUGUACAAACUGGAAUUAAAAUGAUACUGAGGUUAUGUCUUGCUGAUGGGUUCGAUAUGUUCCCAACAUUGUUGGUGACGGAUGGUUCUUGUAUGAUAGAUCGUCGCAUGGGAAUCCAUGGCCACCCUUUGGAGAUCCAGGCACUAUUUUAUUCUGCAUUACUUUGUGCACGGGAGAUGCUUGCUCCAGAGGAUGGAUCAGCUGACCUUAUCCGAGCACUAAAUAAUCGUUUGGUUGCAUUGUCAUUCCAUAUCAGAGAGUAUUACUGGAUUGAUAUGAGAAAACUCAAUGAAAUAUAUCGUUAUAAGACUGAAGAGUAUUCAUAUGAUGCAGUGAACAAGUUCAACAUUUAUCCAGAUCAGAUAUCUCCUUGGCUGGUAGAAUGGAUGCCUAAGAAGGGAGGUUAUCUAAUUGGAAACUUGCAGCCAGCUCAUAUGGAUUUUCGUUUCUUCUCUCUCGGAAACUUGUGGUCUGUUGUAAGUAGUCUUGCAACGACGGAUCAGUCACAUGCCAUUUUGGAUCUCAUUGAUGCCAAAUGGGCAGACUUGGUCGCAGGCAUGCCUUUGAAGAUCUGCUAUCCAGCUCUUGAAGGUCAGGAGUGGCAGAUUAUCACAGGCUGUGAUCCAAAGAACACGCCAUGGUCUUACCACAACGGGGGUUCCUGGCCAACUUUGCUCUGGCAGCUCACUGUUGCAUCCAUUAAGAUGAAUAGACCAGAUAUUGCUGCAAAAGCCGUUGAGGUAGCUGAGAAACGCUUGGCACAAGACAAAUGGCCCGAAUAUUAUGACACUAAAAGAGCAAGGUUCAUUGGAAAACAAGCAUGCCUGUUCCAGACCUGGUCAAUUGCAGGAUACCUUGUGGCUAAGACCCUCCUUGCUGAUCCUGGUGCAGCCAAGAUUCUGAUAACUGAAGAGGAUUCUGAGCUGAUCAAUGCCUUCUCUUGUAUGAUCAGUGCCGCCACCCCCAGAAGGCAACGUGGCCGGAAGGGUUUGAAACAAACCUAUAUAGUAUGAUUCUUGUCUUUGGCAAUUCAUAAUUGUUUGGCAAAAUGCAGAUGAUCUGAAUGCAUUCUUAUCAGGAGUGGGAUAAUUAUUCACCUGAUUCGUGGGUAAUUCAUUAGUCCGUUUGGUAAUUAUUUGAAAACGGGCUGCUGAAGUGUAAUAUAUUUUCAUUUCCCUCUUAUUAUUUUUGGGGCGGGUAAGAUGAAAUUGUAGUACAGUCAUAUUCAUGUACCAUUACAUUAUAGUGUAAAUAUUAGAUAUUUAGUCUGGUUUAGGAUCAGAGGCAGCACUUCUGGUAUCCUGUUGUUGUAUUUUCUGAGGGGACUGCUCUUCAUUGCUACAUUGGACUGACUCAUUGUUUCUGGGAGUUAAUUGGGAGUUUAUUAAUACAAAUUCUUCGAUUAAUUAUCAAA